AUGGAAUGUCAAACAUUAUCGACAAAGAUGCGCGCCGAGCAAAUGGGAGAAUCUUACUUGAAGCUCGCAGAAAAACAUAACUGGACAAAUCCAGAUGGAAGCUACCUACCCAUCAAUCUUAAAAACUUGUGUAAAUUCAUUGAAUACAAAGGAUCAACUAAUAUAAAAGAAUCAAUAAAGUGGUAUUUGCAAUUCUUGGGCAAAUAUCAACUAAAUAAAAAUGCGAUCCGCGACCUCAAAAAUUGGAAAUUAUUAUGCGAGCACAAGCAUGUUCAAUUCCUUCUGAAGCACAGAACGAAUAAAUAUCCUCGGCAAUAUAAACGGAUCGAUUUUGUUGAUAAAGUUUAUCAUAAGAUAUUUGAUAAAGGCAGAAGAAAACGCAUCCCUGUUUAUAAACAUAAAAAUCAAUAUGUCAGAAGGAAAGAAUUAGACGCCGUUAAAAUUCAGAAUACGUGUGGGUUCUUUCCUUGCUUUAACCCACUUGAAUAA